AUGGCGAUUUGCAGGAUUGGUUUCGCAGUAUUGAAAAAGACUGCGUUGUACCAAGUAAGGGCGUUGUCCUUGUUUUUAAACGAAAGUAAAUACAACACCCAGGUGAAGCUUUGUUGUGAUGAGCGAUAUUGGGAAGUGGACUGGUCGGAUCAACAAGUAAGGUACCUAACCUCCAAAACAGUGCCGGUUUCUGAUGACAUAAAACAUUGCAACGUGGGCACGAUCGGACACAUUGACCAUGGAAAGACGACUUUGACUGCAGCUAUUACAAAAGUUCUUGAAGAGGAAGGGUACUCACGCUUUGUAUCUUACGAGGAAAUUGAUAGGGCUCCAGAAGAAAAAGCUAGAGGCGUGACUAUAAAUGCUACUCAUGUACAGUACAGAACGAAGAUGAGGCAUUAUGCCCAUACUGACUGCCCUGGACAUUCUGAUUACAUUAAAAAUAUGAUAUCAGGUGCCUCGCAGAUGGAUGGUGCUAUUGUUGUUGUUGCUGCUACCGAUGGCCAAAUGCCGCAGACCCGAGAACAUUUACUGUUAGCAAAACAAAUAGGUAUCCAAAACAUAGUAGUGUUUAUAAAUAAAGUUGAUUUGGUAGACGAAGACGUCGUUGACCUAGUGGAAAUCGAAAUGAGAGAACUUUUAAAUGAUUUUGGUUAUGAUGGCAUUGUAACACCGAUUAUAAGGGGGUCUGCGAAAUUAGCACUUCAAGGAGACAGUUCAGAAAUGGGCAAGAAAUCUAUUAUCUCGUUAAUGAAAGCUAUUGAUGAACAUAUCCCUACUCCAACAAGAGAUACUACUUCACCAUUUAUACUACCAAUUGAUGAUGCUUUUACAGUACCAGGUAGAGGUACUGUGGUUAUUGGAACUUUAGAACGCGGAGUUAUAAAAAAAAAUGAUGAAGCAGAAUUACUUGGUUUUAAUGCUAAAAAGAGCACUUCAGUGGCCGAUAUUCAGAUAUUUAAGAAAUCUGUACCUUCAGCUGAAGCAGGUGAAAACCUUGGAGUUCUUGUGCGAGGAGUACGAUUACAGGCAGUUGAACGGGGAAUGUUGUUGUGUGCUCGAGGCAGUAUGGAUAUUAGCAACUGCUUUGAAAGUGAAAUAUACUUUUUGACCAAAUCAGAAGGUGGUAGAUCUAAACCUGUCACAUCAAAAUACAUUCAACAGUUUUUCAGUAAGACUUGGAAUAUAUUGUGUCGAGUAGAUGUAAAAGAAGGUGAAAUGAUAAUGCCAGGAGAACAUGCUAGAGUAAUUAUUACUUUACUGAGAGGUAUGGUGCUGUUAGAAGGUCAAUCAUUCACAAUUAGAGAGAACAAUCAAACUGUUGCAACUGGAAUAGUUGCAAAGAUUUUACCUAGUGUAUCACUUAUUAAUACAAAAUUACAUAAAGUUCAAAUUCCAAAUGUACAUAAUUAA